AUGUUCCUGAAUUGCCACACUGACUCAAAAGGUCCUCGAGAGCGUGCCACCUCCUCUAUUCAGACUGAAGUAGAUUCUCGAUCAAGCGCUGAGAAGCAGAGACGCUUUGCAUCUUUUAAUCUUGAUCAAUCCACAAUUGACAGUACACCAAGGCCAGGCUUACACACGACUCGCAAUCCAUCUGAUAAUCAACCGCGCCAUGUGGGCUCAGACGAACGCACGAGCCUGCAAAUGUCCUCAGGAAAAAAAUAUCCCGGCCAAUUGUGUAUUUCUCCCACUCAAGCAACAGAUCCGUACCCAUUCAACCGCUAUUUGUACUUCGGAUAUUAUCCACAAGAUCAAUCUAUUAGUUUUUCGACGGCCUUUCCGCCCUCAGAGCCUUCGUCUUAUUCACAAGCGGACGUUGCACGUACCAAUGUGCCUGAGCGCGAUUCUACUUCAAAUGAAGUUCUCGGGACUGGGUCUGCCAUUAUGGCACCAUAUCCGAUUGGAGUGUAUUAUUCUAUGCCCGUAUAUCAAAGAUCUGUAUGCUUCCCUGACCCAUCAACUGUCCCCAUGGUUAGUUACACAUUUCCUUCGCCGUCUAUUCAAGGCACUAUGGCCACUCCUAUGGGACAUGACCCCGAGCAUCAAGCAUAUCCUGCUACAGAUGCCGUGUCUCCCGUUCCAUUGGGUUUCGACUCUCGUUCGCCAUCAGACCCUAUGUAUUUGAACACUAGUUCUUCUAUGUAUCCGGCCUUGCCAUCCCCAAGUGCUAGCAAUGCUUAUGGUCGUUACGUAUACCAUGACCCGCGUCAUUUUUACAAUUUCUCCUCUGGCGCCACCAUGCAUCCCCCUCAUUUGAUUCAGCCACCUGUUCCCGUAUCACCGGGCUAUGCUGUGCCAUCAUAUGAAAGGGCACCGUACUCUGACAAGUCGCAUGGCUUUAAUUCCGCUCGUCGUCGUCGCAGUACCCAACCGCAAGUUUCCAACCGUCCUGCUCCGAGUUCGAAUACGCAAAAACAAAAGCAGCGUGUGAAAGAAGUUUCAACUGAGCCAGUGACACCGUCAGUGUCGAACGAGUCCGUGCUAAUCCCCCCACCCUCUGUCCCUACUUCCUCACAGCUGACUGAUACGGUCGCAUGUGCCUCUGAGAAACAAGAACGCAAUGCCCCAGCUGCUCGGAACAUACUCGGAGCUUCCUCUGAUAACCAGGUAAAUGGCACACGCUCUAUUUUUGUCAUGUGGUGCGGCAAUGUGCCUUCUGAUGCCACUCUCGAAGAGCUUUGGGAGUUUUUCAGCAGUAUUCCAGAAAACUUUAGUGCAUCGGUCGUGUCCUCCGGGACAGCUGCUGAUGAACCCAAUGAAGCAACUGGACCUGCAUGUGUGUAUGAGACAGACAACCCUGCCGGAAUUUUGUCAAUCUUUAUAAUUUCUCGUUCAAGCUGUGCAUUUGUGAAUUAUGCUUCUCGAGAACACCUAGAAAGAGCAUGCGCGUAUUUUCAUGGACGUCCCCUGCGCACAAAGUCGUCUUGUCCACGCAUGGUAUGUCGUCCUCGAAAGCUGGAAGAUGCAGAAUACGCAGGCGUUGCUGCUCAGCGUGGAAAAGGUGUGCAUACCAACUGGUUCCGUCAUCAGCGAAAGCUCGAGAAAGAACGUUUUCUCGAGUUGGGUCAAAGCGAAUGUGUAUUGGAAGAUGCCGAAGAGCGUUCGUUCUCCUCGACAAACUCGUCCCUACUUGCGCAUCCGUACUUCUCGAACCGCUACUUUAUUCUUAAGUCGAGAUCUGCGGAUGCGUUGGUGACGGCCCUCCGAACCAAUGUGUGGUGCACGCAGCCACAUAAUGAACCCGUGCUCGACCAGGCUUUCCGCAACAGUGAGCAGGUGACUUUGUUUUUCAGCGAAAAUUUUAGCGGUCAAUUCUUCGGCUAUGCUGUUAUGACUAGUCGCCCUGGUCGGGCGCUUCCCACAACUGAAUCCCUGUCGCAGAGUGAUCUUUCGUCAGACAAAGAUAAAGUCUCGCAAUCCCUGGAAGUUUCAGGCGGUCCAGAACCCGGUCACAAUGAGCCACACCCUAUUUCAUCGGCGCAUGUGGCCCAUGAGGCCAAAGAUUCUGUUCCAGAGAAUAACAGGCCAUCAUCCUUCGCUUCUGAUGUGUCUCUUACACCAUCUAUGGAUGCUGAUAAUCAGGUUCAAGAAGACCUAGCUGUGCGCGCCAAGCUGCACAAUCUUCGUCUGGACACAGAAGCCACUGCUUCUGAUUUAGACUCGCAAUCACUUCGCCAUCGUACUCAAGCGAAUGGUCCAUCAGAUGCCUCUACCCCAUUACGUUCUGGCUCAGCUGAUGAGUCGAGUCCCUUGAGUCCAAUACACGCGUCAAGAUCUUUGCACGUGGGACAACCUUUCUAUAUUGAAUGGAAAACAACAACCCCCUUGCCAUUUUCUGAGAUUCACAACCUGCGGAAUCCAUGGCGUGAUAACCGUCUCAUCAAAGUCUCUCGUGACGGAACAGAACUCGAGCCUAAUGUGGGAAAGCAGCUUAUUUCCGUCUGGCAGGCAUACCUUCAAAAAGAAACGCAGCGAGGCUGA